AUGACGAGGUCAGCCUGCAGUACCUUGUCCAGGAAAUAUUCUAAAUUAGCUACAACCAUAGGCAAAAUUGAGGAGCAAGGAACUUCCUUACAAGAACUGACAAUGGACAGAUUAGCAUCUCACAUUAGAAAGUUUGUUGCAGAUGAGAGUAUGAAUGUGGAUGACUGGCUCCCUUCUCCUCUUCCCCCGGGUAGAGCGCUGAAUGGCCAUCACAUGGUGGAACUGCCUAUGAUGCAGGGCCGCAAGGUACCCAUUCUUUGUACUGGCAGUGAAGAGAGUGAGCAGGAGGAUGAGACAGUACUGUUUGAAGCUCCAAGUGUGAGUGCAGGAAUAACAGCAAAGUUAGGAAAAGCUAAAGAUGCAGUUGUUAGUGGGAUAUCUGCUGGUCUCACAUCAAUUGGAUUUAAAAGAAAGGAAAUUGAUGCAUCACCAACAUCCCCAACUCAACCAGAACCUGAACAGCUAGUUAGAAAAAGGCCAUCGAUGGCUGAGAUUUUCUUGUCCCCAUCUAACAUGCGAAGAGGAAGUCGUUGCAGUCUCAGUGAAGAAUUUACUGGUGUGAAGCUGAUUAAUGAUCAUUAUCUUAGCCCUCUUAACGCUCCCAAGGAAGUCCUUGCAAAGUUCCCUCCAUGUGCUCUUUUGACUGUUGAGUAUGACUUUUGUCUCGAUGAUGAUAUAACAAUGGCAAAAAUUUUAAGAGAUUUGAAAGUUCCCGUCACAGUUGACAUACUGAAUCGUCUUCCUCAUGGUUUCUUGAGUUUGUCGAUGGUGUCUCAAGAGGCACAUGUUGGUUGUAAGAAAGCAAUCUAUCGAAUCAAGCAAUUAUUAGGCCUAGAGGACGAACCAAGUGAACCAGAAAUUGCUUCAGAAUAAUUGCUUUCUUCACUUGUUUUUCUAUUUUUCAUUGUUGUAAUCUAUUUAACCUCAGGUUGGUAUGUUUUUCAAUGGUUUGCAUUAUACAGCAUAAUUAUGAAUGUUGAAAGUUUUUUUUUUCAGUAUUACAAAGGAAGUGCUGGAAAAAUUAUUAAAAGCAGGUAACAGUGUAGUAUGCCUAAAUUAGUUUCAUAAGAAGUGAUUUUUGAAGAUGUGUAUUACACUUAGGUUGUAUACAGUUGUAUAAAAAUUUUCAUCUGAAAGUACAAUUUUACAUGAAUUGGUGGAUUAGUUGUAUAUUGGUUGGCAUUUAUUAGCAUAAUAUAGAAAUACACUUCAUGUAACAGAUAAUGUUAGUUUUUCACACAUUGCAAAGAGAUCUCAAGUUAUCUAGAUUGAUGGUGCUGGGAAUUGCCUAAUGUACUGAAAACACAGGAUAUCUAAACAAAAACUACAAACCCAUAUGUUUGGACAGAUUUAUUAACAGAAGUGUGGAGUAGCUAAAAAUGGGUCAAGUUGUCUUUUACUUUCAGACAUUCUUUCACUUCAUUCUCAGUUUAUGGUCUCUGUGCCCAUUCUUAAUAUCAAAAUAAUUUGAUCAAGUUUCCUGUCAACUGUUGCUCUUAAUUACUUUUGUUACUUAUGGGUUUUAUUAUUUUUUAACUUAAUAUGUAAAUUACUGUUACCUACCUUUGCUAUAAUGUGUUGUUAUGUUGUUUGUGCCAUGUUUACACCUUUCAGCUUAAUACUCACUUUCUAAGCCGAGUAUAAACUGUCAUCUGUGUUUUAUGCAAGUACGUAAUAUUUUAUGGCCGUCACAGUUUUUAAUUCUGUGAGUAUUUGAUAUCAGUAUUAAUGUACUCUCUAUUGUGGACAUUGGACUGAAUUUUGUUGUAUUAGAACGAAAGUUCAGCCUUAGAUAUUCAUUUUUUUGUAUUCUGUUUAAAUUAAUGCUCUCAGGCUGUGCCUAUCAUCUGUCUACUUAGACUGUACAAGAUACUCCAGAGUGUCUUAGAGAGGGCACAUGGUUCAAUCUGUUAUAGUAUAAAAAGUGGCAUUUUUUUUAUAAUUUCUUGUAUUUCAUAAAAAGUGACAACUCAGCGCUGCUGACUCAUCACCAGGACAACUCGCCACCGGCCAACUCAAUGCAA